ACACCAGCAUAUGUGGCUUUGUAUGUCCUUGCAAUACUUGUUGUUAUAAUAACUGUUUGUGGCAAUCUGCUUGUCAUUACAUCGGUGUGUCACUUCAAACAACUUCACACACCGACUAAUAUGCUUCUCCUCUCUUUAGCCAUGGCAGAUAUAUUGGUAGGAGUAUUUAUAAUGCCACUGCAAUUCAUCUGGCUGAUUGAGUCAUGCUGGAUUUUUGGGACAACCAUUUGUGCCUUUUACAAUUUCACGUCAUUCCAUUUGACAAGUGUUUCUGUUCAUAAUGUGGCUCUCAUCGCAGUGGACCGAUACCUGGCUCUGAGCAAUCCCUUUUUCUACUCAAAAAAAGUCACUGUGAAUGUUAUUAUUUUUGUGGCAUCGCUGAACUGGAUGUUUUCUCUGGGAUACAACACUGUUCUUACAUACUGCAAUGAUGGGCAAAAAUGCCCAACAGAGUGCAUCAUUGUUAUGAAUGAAAUAUGGUCCUUUGUGGAUCUUGUGGUGGUGUUUGUAUUGCCAUGCUCCAUCAUGAUAGUACUGUACCUCAAAGUCUUUGCCAUUGCCAAGAGACAUGCCAAUGCCAUCAGGGCGGCUAAUAGUCAUGUCAAUCCAGGUGCCAGUAAAACUGAUCAUGUACCCAAACAUUCUGAGAGAAAAGCUGCAAAAGUGCUUGGUAUACUGGUGUCUGUCUUUUUGUUAUGCUUGGUGCCCUAUUAUACAUGCAGCUUUUUGUCUGAGAGUAUUCAAAGUAAAUCUUUUAAUGAUGUCUUAAAUUAUAUGUUUGCUCUACUUUAUCUGAAUUCUUUAUUCAAUCCCAUUAUUUAUGCUUUGUUCUACCCAUGGUUUCAAAAGAGCAUCAAGAUAAUGUUCAGGUGUCGUAUAUGUAGCUCCGAGUCUUCUCACAUGCAGGUGAAAUAA